UUUUGUACACAAAGUCACUGCUGAGGCAAACAGACUACGUGUAUCAAGUGUACUGAAUUCUAGCUUAAUACAAGCUUUGUUGUGUACUCAGAAUAGAGUACUACAAAGUAUCAGAUUUAAUUACUUCGUCCAGAUGUUGAUGAUUGAAAAAGUGUGAUGAUUUUUAAUUUUAAUACCAUUUUUAUUACAAAAUCCAAUUAUCAAAAUAAUCUGAUGUGACAAUUGUGAAUUUCCUGCUACUCUUGAACUCUUUUUUUUAUUUUUUAUUUUGACCUUUGUUUUUGUGCGAUUAAAAAGGUCGAGCCAUUAUGGAAAUGAACGUGAUAAAUCCGCGUAACGAUGGCAAAAAAGCAGCCAUAAUUGUAAAAAAUGCGCAUAAGUCGUACCCAGGAAACGCGAUUCUAAAAGGAUUAAGUUUGACUGUACCUGAAGGCACAAUAUAUGGCUUACUGGGAUCUAGUGGAUGUGGUAAAUCCACCCUUUUGAACUGUAUUCUUGGCAGAGGUAACCUCGAUUCUGGUCGAAUCGAGGUGAACUUCAAGUCCAAAGCUGAAAUAGGGUACAUGCCUCAGGAAAUAGCUUUGUAUAGUGAGUUAAGCAUCGGAGAAACAAUGACGUUUUAUGGGCGGAUUUUCGGUAUCGAUGAUUAUGAAAUUGAAAGACGAAUCCAGGAUUUGACCAAAUUUCUCGAGCUGCCCCCAAAAUCAAGAAUUCUCGGAGGCAUGAGCGGUGGGCAGCAAAGGAGAGUCUCAUUUGCUGUUGCAUUGAUACAUAAUCCUCGUUUACUGAUCCUAGACGAACCUACUGCUGGUGUCGAUCCAUUACUUUGUGUCAGAAUAUGGGAUACACUUCUGCACAUGGUUCAAACUGAAAAUAAAACAGUAAUUGUUACCACUCAUUACAUCGAAGAAACUCGUCAAGCACACACAAUCGGUUUAAUGCGAGAUGGAAAAUUACUAGCUGAAGAUUCGCCUGAGCAGUUGAUGGUGCAAUUUAAUGUUGAAACGUUAGAAGACGUAUUUCUAGCACUAUGCACAAAACAAACCACAGAACGAGCUAAACUUCAAAGCAUCGAUUACACGACUUUGGCAUCAUUUUCCACGCCCAGGGAAAAGACGGAAAGACCCCUGAAACAGAAAUUCAAAUUCUCAAAAAAAGUACUGUUCGCUCUACUGUCGAAAAAUUUGAACUGGAUGAAGAGAAAUCCAUUAACCGUACUAGUCGUGAUACUUAUUCCAAUUUUGAACUGCUGUUUAUUCUGCGCAUGCGUGGGCAACGAUCCUACCGAGUUGAAAUUAGCUGUAAUCAAUGAAGAAGUUCCCCAAAUCUCAAAUUGCGAAACGAUACCACUCAAAGGAUGCAAUUUUUCCACUCCACUCAGUUGUAGAUUUUUGAAAAAAAUGGAGCAAAAAACAUACGAGUUGACUGAAUAUUACGAUAUGAACGAGGCCAGAAAAGCUGUAAAAAAGAAUAAAGCUUGGGGUUUGAUAUAUUUCCGGAAAAAUUUCACAGCUUCGUUGCAUGAACGACUCGAUGGAAAAAACGUGACCGAAAUUGCUUAUGAAUUGAGCAAUAUCCAAAUAUGGCUGGAUAUGUCCAAUCAAUAUAUUGGUGGUCUAAUAAAAAGAGAUGCUUGGAGCAAAUGCGUGGAAUUUCUUCAAGAAUUGUUUCACGAUUGUCGUUGGUCAGCUACAAUCGCUAGUGAGCCUAUUAAAAUGGAGAAAUCAGUCUACGGCGGCAGUAAUCCCACAUUUAGACAUUCUAUAGCAUCGAAUAUACUCGCAGCGUUUCAGUUUUAUUUACCAAUGACUUUCACGAUAGAAUCCAUAAUGAUGGAGAGAACUACCGGUUCGUUGGAUCGAAAUUUGAUUUCAGGAAUGACAGUACUUGAAAUCGCAGUUUCACUAACGAUCAUUCAAUGGCUUGUUUUAACUAUGCAAACCACUUUCAUGAUGUUGGUGUUAUUCGUCGCUUAUGACAAUCCUCUAGAAGGGAAUUUAAUCUCGAUAAUACUGCUUCUGGGUUUCGCUGGUGGUUGUGGCAUGUCCCUCGGAUUUCUCAUAGCAGUUAUUAGCACCAACGAACAACAAGCUACUUUUAUGGGUAUUGGCACAACGUUUGCAAUAUUCUUAUUAUGUGGGACGAUGUGGCCUUUACAAGGAAUGCCUGAUGUUUUACGACAUUUCAGUUACCUUUUACCAGCCACUCAGAGCGCUAGAGCAUUUGAAGCUCUAUCCGCCAAAAGUUGGACACUAAGCGAUUCCACAGUGUAUGAAGGAUUCAUCACGAAUUUCGCAUGGAGUUGCGUAUUUACAACAGUAUCGUCGGUAAUUGUGUCAAAGGGUAAAGGAUUAGGAACAAAAUAAGAUGCAAACUAUAAGAAAUGUUUACCUAGUGGAAAAUGCUGACUCGAUGGAUAGACCGAUUCUUAUCCUAAUAAUUUUUGUACUUAGGUAUCUACGAGUAUACCUACAUUUAUGCUGAAUUUUGAAUUCCUAUCUUGCACAAAAAAAUAAAUUUUUUAAUAAUGUAGCUGA